GUGUUGGAGUCUGCUGCUUCGGACAACGAUGAGACAGAAGCAGCAGCAGCUUGCAUUAGUCAUUUGCUGCGGGUGUGGAGCUGCUCCUCCUCCUCCUCAGCAGCAGCAGCAGCAGCAGCAGAUGGACCCCGCAGUUUGUUGCAGAUUGCUGUGCAGCACUCAAUAGGCCCGCUGCAGCAACUGCUGUCUGCUGCAGCAGUGACUUCGAACGGCGACACGGCAGCAGCAGCAGCAGCAGCAGCAGCAGACACCGAGACGCUGACGCACGUGGUUGCUGCUGUUGCUGCUACCUGCCGUGCUGCAGUGCCCUUGCUGCUGCAGCAAACGCAUGCAGACGGGGCCCUGCAGCAGCUGCUGGAGACGCUUGCCGCUGCAGUGGCUCUACCGCGCACGUUGGGGUUGCUGCUGCAGCAGCAGCACCACUCCCACCCCCAGCAGCAGCAGCAGCAGCAGCACUACUCAGAAGCUGCAGCAGGCGACUACGAAGCAGCAGCAUUUCUCUCUGUCAAAGCUGUGCGUUUUUUCUGCGACUUGAGAUACGACAUAGAGGACGCGGAGCAGCAGCAGCAGCAGCAGCAGCAGGAGCAGCAAGUCAAUGCGCAAAGCAAACAGGCGCUGCUUCAGGUGUACAGACACCUCAGCGAAGAGGCGCUGCAGCAAAUCGAAAUUCCCUCCGCCCAAAUUUCGCAGCGAAUGCUGGAGGAGUUUUACAGCUUUAGGGACCAGCUGCUGCUGCUGCUGGAGGACUGUGCUGCCUUAAUCGGUCUCGAGUUGCCAAUGCGGGUGACGAGCCGCAUGCAGCAGCUGCUGCAGAGCCACCAGCUGCAGCAGCAGCAGCAGCAGCAACUAUCUGCUGCUGCUGCUGAGGAUGUCUUCGAGAGGCCUCUGGAGUGUCUCUUCGUCGCGUUAGACUACACCUUUCCGUACACCUCAGCAGGCAGCACAGCAGCAGCUGUGCUCACCUCAGCUGUUGCUGCAGUGCAGGCGGUGCUGAAGCCUUCCUUGCCCCAGGUAGGCAGCAGCAGCAGUAGCAGCAGCAGUAACAGAAGAAGUAGCAGCAGCAAAAGUAGCAGCAGCAGCAGCGAUGGCAGGUCUCUGCAAGCUGCUGUCGGUUUGCUGGCUAGUCAGCUGUCCCUCCCCGGAGCAGCAGCAGCAGCAGCAGGAGGAGGAGCAGGAGCAGCAGGGGAGCUGCUGCGGCACCGAGCAGCAGCAGCAGCAGCAGCAGUGGAGCUGCUGCGGCACCGAGCAGCAGCAGCACUUGAAGAUGUUUGCAGAAACGCAAAACAUCCAGUAGACACUCAGACAAUCCACCACUUGGCAGCACUUGCUGACAGUCUAUCGGCAGAACCAGUAGCAGAGAAGGCUUACUGGCUAGUUCUUGAAGCAGUUUGUUCAUUAGUUGGGCGCCUUAAAGAAGACCAUUUGAUGCUUUCUAUGCUGGAGAGUCUCUGUCGCCCCUCGAUUGCUGCAAUAGAAGAGACUCUUGCUGCAGGGCAGCAGCAGCAGCAGCAGCAGAACAUCUGCACGAAGCUCGAUGCCCUGGCAAUUGUGCUCAGGGACACGUCUUCUGGGGUAAAGCAAGAGCCGCAGUGUCUAGCAGCAGUUCAGGCGUUCGUGUGCAGCACUUUGUGGCCGCUGCUGCAGCAGCUGCUGCUGCAGCAGCAGCAAAAUGCUGCUGCUGUUGAGCGAGCCCUGAGGUGUAUGAAGCACGCUGUACGUACAGCUGGAGAUGCUUUCAAACCCUUAGUGCUGCCUUUUCUUCAGGUGCUGCAGACAAACGCGCAGGUCUGCGUGCACCCCACGUACUUGUACGCCACGGAGUGGAUGGCGGUUUGCUUCGGGUUUGAAGGGCCGCAGGUGCAGCAGCAGCUGGCAGCUCUUAUUCAGCAGCUGGCCACUGCGGGCUUCGAAGCCAUUCAGAAACAAGCUGUGUUGGAAGACAGCGCGGACAUGGUGGAGGACUGCUACGGAAUGCUCAGCAGACUUUUGAAAAGAUGCCCUCCAGUUGCUGCUGCUGUGCCUUCUGCCUUGAGACAGGGCCUGGAGAACUGCAGCCUUUGCAUGGCUGUGGACACUCAAGAAGCAGCAAAAUUGGUUUUCGUGUUUAUGGAAAGCAUUGUGCAUGCAGCAAAGGAAACCUCGGAGCCGCAGCUGCAGGCAGCAGCAGCGCAAUUGGCCUCAGAAUUUUUGCCGCUGCUGGUGCGCAGCGCGUUUGAGCUGCUCGGGAGGGCCCCCUCAGCGCUGAAGGCGCAGUUGAUAGAAGAUUUCAUAGUCGUGGUGGUUUCGGAGUUGGGCGCUGAGGCCUCACCUUGGCUGGCAGGAAAAGCUGCAAAGAGGCCCCAGCGGCGUUUCUGCGGCCAUCGGGGAAAUCCACCAAAAGUGCCAGCAGGUCGCAAUGAGGCACAGGGCCUAAACGAGCAGCAGCAGCAGCAGCAGCAGCAGCAGCAGAAGCAGCAGCAGAAUAAGCCGCGGCACGAACAGAAGCAGCAGCAGAAACAAAGGCCGCUGCAGCAGCUGCUGCAACAGCAACUACUGCAACGGCAGCUGCAGCAACUGCUGCAGCAGCAGCAGCAGCAGCAGCUGGUUGUACAAUAUAUAUGCCUCGAAGUGGAAAGAAAGCACUUUUAUAAUUCUUUUCCAUUAUUGGAAUUAUCAAAGACAGAAAGACAGAAGAAAUGUUUUUGCUGCAAUGCAUGCAGCCCCGAACUCAGCUACUAUUCAUUAUUGUCUUUCUUCCUGUAA